GAUCACAUGUUCUUGCAGUAAUUAUAUCUUCUCACAAUGUCAAGCAUUCGGUACGUCUCUAAAAGUGUGGUUCGGGCUUUAAGUAAUAAGGGAACAAUUCAAAGGAUUGAACCAACUCCAUGGGAUUUGCAGUUUCUCCCUUUAGGUCCUAUACAGAAGGGACUUCUCUUCCACAAACCAAAUCACCAACAAGAAACAAAAACUCUGAUAACCCACUUGAAAGACUCUCUCUCACGCACCUUGGACUUUUUUCCACCCCUCGCCGGCCGGCUUGCCACGGUCCAACAUGGGGAUGAAACCACUUCCUUCUCUAUUGACUGCAACAACACCGGAGCCUUGUUUGUGCAUGCUGUUGCUGAGGGAGUAAGGACAAGCGAUAUUACUCAACAUGUUCAUGUACCUUAUUGUGUUCACUCGUUUUUCCCUCUAAAUGGGAUUAAAAACAUUGAAGCCACUUCGAAGCCAAUACUAGCAGUGCAAGUGACCGAGCUGGAUGAUGGCAUCUUCGUUGGCUGCACCGUCAAUCAUUCUGUGAGCGAUGGCAUGUCAUUUUGGCAUUUCUUGAAUUCUUGGUCUGAAAUUUCUCGUGGUUCAGUUGAUUUAUCUAAACCUCCUGUUUUUGAACGGUCGUUUCUUAAUGGUACUGUUGAUGUUCCCAUUCACAUUCCCAAUUCACAAGUCAAACAAAUCCAUAAUGAGUCAAUUCGGCUCCCAUUGCAAGAAAAAGUGUUGCAUUUCACCAAAGAAAACAUCGCAGAACUCAAAGCAAAAGCCAAUGCUGAGGCUGGUUCUGACAAUAUCUCCUCUCUUCAAGCACUGUUGGCUCAUAUUUGGCGAUCUAUUUCCCGCACAAAGCAGCUUGACCCCAAUGAAGAGAUUUCUCAUCGAUUAACAGUUGGUGUUAGACCAAGAUUACAAUCCCAGCUACCUCAACAAUACUUUGGAAAUGCAGUGCAGUUUGGGAAUUUGACCCUAAAGGCAGGGGAAUUGCUGGAGGGAGGACUUGGUAGUGUGGCAUGGCAAAUGAACAAAAUGGUUGCUGCACAUACCGAAGAAAAAUUGAAAAACUUUCUCAUGUUAUGGCCGAAGAGUCCUAGAUUAAUCACAACGAGCAUGGUCAACGCAACAAGUGCCCUGAAUGCGAUUGGUUCACAUCGGUAUGAGGUAUAUGGAAAUGAUUUUGGAUGGGGAAGGCCAAUCGCUUUACGAAGUGGACCUGGGAACAAGUUUAAUGGGAUGAUAGUAGUGUGUCCUGGAGUAGAAGAUGGGAGUAUUGAUAUCGAAGCAUGCCUUUUGCCAGAGACGUUGCGCGCCUUGGCUAGUGACCAAGACUUCAUGGGUGCUGGCAUGCUGUAACUAUUUAGUUUUUUUAGUAACUAUCUUCAACCCUCAAUUAAGAUUAUGUACGUUAAUUUUCUCAAACAAAACCAUCAUAUGUUGUAUGCCAAAUUCUCAAUAAAGGCCAAAUUCUCAAUAAACGUCAAAUUUGAAA